CCAAGAUACCUCCGUAUCAGCUAAGGGAGAAGUGUCUCCUUCCUCUCCAACUGGCUCUGGAAUCCAAGAGCAUGAAACUGGCCCAGCAGGCUCUAGCAGGGAUGCAGAAGCUGCUGUCUGACGAGAGGUUUGUAUCCGUGGAGACAGACUCCGACGAGAAGCAGCUGCUAAAUCAGAUGCUGAAUGCCGUCAAAGUGACUCCCUCGCUCAACGAAGACCUGCAGGUUGAAGUGAUGAAGGUUUUGCUCUGUAUAACAUAUACCUCCACAUUUGAGCUGAACGGGAGUUCAGUGUUGAAGAUUGCUGAGUUGUGUUUUGCAUGCCAUAGAGCUGGAAGUCCCCGAAUGCAUGAAAUGAUCAAAAUGUCCAUUGCACACCUCUCCGGGGUCCUGUGCUCCCGUAUUUUUACCGCUGCUUCUUCAUCAAUGGCUUUUCAAAAGGUUUGCAUUGAGACGUAUAUAUCUAGCUGUCACCAGCGGAGCAUUAACACCGCUGUGCGGGCAACCCUCAGCCAAAUGUUGAGUGACUUGACUUUACAGUUACGGCAAAAGCAAGAAAAUAUGACAAUUGAAAACCAUGAUGCCCUGCAGAAAUUCAAGAGUCAAGGUACUUCAGCCGAGUCUCUUAGUGAUGACGUUGUAUCUGUCCUCACUGUGCUCUGUGAGAAGCUCCAGGCUGUCAUAAAUGACAAUCGACAACUUCAGCUUCUUUACUUGGAGUGCAUCCUCUCCAUGUUAAAUAGCUCUUCUCCCGCCAUGCACCAGCACAAAGGAUUCACUGAUCUCAUAUGGAAGCAACUGUGUCCAGCCCUAGUAGUAAUCCUGGGAAAUCCAAUCCACGACAAAACUAUUACUUCCGCCCACAGCAGCAUUUCUCUUGAGGCUGAUUCCCCUUCUUCGGGGGUCUCUGAUCAUGGCCGGGGUUCCGGGUGUUCAUCCACAGCACCUGCCCUUAGCGGGCCCGUUGCGCGGACCAUAUAUUACAUCGCAGCAGAACUGGUUCGGUUGGUGGGGUCAGUGGAGUCCAUGAAGCCUGUGCUGCAAUCUCUCUAUCACCGGAUACUGCUUUAUCCGCCACCUCAGCACCGAGUAGAAGCCAUCAAGAUAAUGAAAGAGAUACUUGGAAGUCCUCGGAGGCUUUGUGAUUUGGCAGGGCCCUGCUCUUCUGAGCCAGAAUCCAGGAAGAGGUCAAUCUCUAAAAGGAAAUCCCAUCUGGAUCUUCUCAAACUCAUCAUGGAUGGGAUGACAGAAGCUUGUAUCAAAGGUGGGAUUGAAGCAUGUUAUGCUUCAGUGUCCUGUGUCUUUGCCUUGCUUGGAGCGUUAGAUGAGCUAAGCCAAGGGAGGGGUCUUAGUGAGGAGCAGAUUCAGCUGCUACUCCAGCGCCUGGAAGAAUUGAAGGAUGGAACUGAGACAAGCAGGGACUCUGUGGAGAUCAACGAUGCUGACUUCAGGUGGCAGAGACGCAUUCUGUCCUCAGAACAUCCUGCCUGGGAAUCAGGAAAUGAGAAGAGUCCCGAUAUCAGCAUUAGUGUUACCACAGACACCGGUCAGACCACUUUAGAGGGGGAUAUGGGACAGACAACUCCAGAGGACAAUCUGGAAAGUCAAAAAAACUCGUUGCCAUCUCCAGCUGUACAUGAAAGCAAAGAGAUUCAUUACAGGGAAGCAGAGUCAGAAACCAUUGACCAGCCGGACGUUGUCCAGAGAAGCCACACUGUAGUCUUUCCGGACAUAACAAACUUUUUAUCAGUUGACUGCAAGACCCGAUCCUUUGGAUCCAGAUACAGUGAAAGCAAUUUCAGUGUAGAUGACCAGGACCUCUCUAGGACUGAGUUUGAUUCAUGUGACCAAUAUUCCAUGGCAGCAGAGAAAGACUCUGGCAGGUCAGAUGUCUCAGAUAUAGGCUCUGACAAUUGCUCCUUGGCAGACGAGGAGCGUGCUCGUUCACUGAAACUGCUGAAGAACCAGGAAGCGGAUCAGCACAGCGCACGGCUGUUUGUUCAGUCACUUGAAGCUCUUCUUCCUCGGCUUAUAGCUCUCCCCAGCAUAGAGGAGGUGGAUGAAGCACUGCAGAGCUUCUCUUCAACCUUCUGCUCAGGUAUGAUGCACUCUCCGGGAUUUGAGGGAAACCCAAAUUUCAGCUUCCAGACUCUGAUGAAUGCAGACAGUCUCUACAUGGUGUCACAUUACACUCUGCUGCUCAACCUAAAAUUGUCCAACUCGGAUUACUACAGGAAGAAACCUACCCAAGCCCCUGUGUUGCUGAAGGAGUUCAUGAAGCAGGUUCAGUCCAGCGGAGUGUUGAUGGUGUUUUCGCAGACCUGGGUUGAAGAACUGUAUCACCAGGUACUGGAAAGAAACAUGCUGGGGGAAGCUGGAUACUGGGGAAGCCCUGAAGAGCACAGCCUUCCGCUUAUAACCAUGCUGACUGACAUUGAUGGCUUGGGAAGCAGUGCAAUCGGUGGCCAAUUGAUGGCCUCUGCUUCAGCACAAUCCCCUCUUUCCCAAAACCAGAAAACAGAUGAUUCUAUUGUUGCAGGAAUUGCUUUUGCCCGAUAUCUUUUAAUUGGCUGUUGGAAAAACAUGAUUGACACCUUGUCCACACCGCUGACUGGCCGCAUGGCAGGCAGCUCCAAGGGCCUGGCGUUCAUCCUGGGAGCAGAAGGAGCCAAGGAGCAGAACCAGAAGGAGAAGGACUCCAUCUGUGUGAGCCUGGAUGGACUGAGGAAAGCAGCCCGGCUGAGCUGUGCUCUAGGGGUUGCUGCCAACUGUGCAUCUGCCCUUGCCCAAAUGGCUGCUGCCUCCUGUGUCCAAGAAGAGAAAGAGGAAAAAGAAGUCCAAGAGCCUAGUGAUGCUAUAACUCAAGUGAAACAGAAAGUGGAGCAGAAACUGGAGCAGAUGGGGAAAGUACAGGGAGUCUGCCUACACACCGCUCAUGUGCUGUGUAUGGAUGCAGUCCUCAACGUGGGCCUGGAGAUGGGGAGCCACAAUCAGGACUGCUGGCCUCAUGUGUUCAGGGUGUGCGAGUACAUCAGCACCCUGGAGCACACGCACUUCAGCGACGGCGCCUCCCAGCCCGCUCUGACCAUCACGCAGGCCCAGCAGGGCCCCAGCGGCCUGCACCUCGACUCCCAGCCUGGGGACUCCCCUCGGGAGCUGACCCCUGAGCAGGAGACCACCCUUAGCAGCAAUCCUGUCAUUCAGCCCCUUUCCAUCCAGGAACUCCUCAAGGAGGGCAGCAAGGGCAAAGCUUUCGACUUCCGUGGAGGCAGCCUGCUCUGUGGGACCAGUGCUGCCAAGGCUGUUCUCACGCUUUCCACACAAGCCGACAGGCUGUUUGAAGAUGCUACUGAGAAGUUAAACUUGAUGGCCCUGGCAGGCUUCCUGUACCAGCUCAAGAAGGCUUCUCAAUCUCAGCUUUUCCAUUCAGUCACGGAUACAGUUGAUUACUCCCUAGCAAUGCCAGGUGAAGUAAAAUCUACGCAGGACAGGAGAAGUGCACUUCACUUGUUCCGACUCGGUGAUGCCAUGCUCAGGAUUGUCCGGAGUAAAUCACGCCCGUUGCUCCACCUCAUGCGCUGCUGGAGUCUGGUUGCACCUCACCUUGUAGAGGCUGCCUGUCACAAGGAGAGGCAUGUGUCUCGGAAGGCUGUCUCCUUCAUCCAUGACAUCCUCACGGAAGUGCUGACAGACUGGAACGAACCUUCCCAUUUCCACUUCAAUGAGGCGCUGUUCCGCCCCUUUGAGCGCAUCAUGCAGCUGGAGCUGUGUGAUGAGGAUGUCCAAGACCAGGUGGUCACCUCUAUAGGAGAGUUGGUGGAAAUGUGUUCUACUCAGAUCCAGUCUGGAUGGAGACCCCUGUUCAGCGCCCUGGAAACGGUGCACAGCAGUAGCAAGUCAGAGGUUAAAGAGUACCUUGUAGGAGAAUACUCCAUGGGGAAACGGCAGGCUCCAGUGUUCGAUGUCUUUGAAGCAUUUCUAAAUACAGACAGCAUCCAGGUCUUUGCCAAUGCUGCCACCAGUUACAUUAUGUGCCUUAUGAAGUUUGUCAAAGGACUGGGGGAAGCAGAUUGUAAGGAGAUGGGUGACUGUGUGUCAGGAUCAGGAUCCGCGUCUACAGAACUGUGCCUUCCCGCCCUUGAUUACCUCAGGAGAUGUUCUCAGUUGUUAGCCAAAAUCUAUAAAAUGCCCUUGAAACCCAUGUUCCUCAGUGGCCGGCUGGCUAACUUGCCCCGCAGAGCGCAGGAGCAGUCAGCCAGCAGCGAGGAUGGCAUUGAGUGCAUCCUGUCUGACUUCGAUGAUGACACUGGCCUUAUCAAUGUCUGGAUUAUUCUGCUGGAAGAAUUAACAACUGCUAUAUCCAACUGUCCCCGCCAGCAUCAGCCCCCCACUCUGGAUCUGCUCUUUGAAUUGCUGAGGGAUGUUGCCAAGACACCUGGCCCCGGAUUUGGCAUUUAUGCAGUUGUUCAUCUUCUUCUUCCUACGAUGUCCCUUUGGCUGCACCGCAGUCAUGGUGACCAUUCUUACUGGGAUGUGGCAUCCGCUAAUUUCAAGCAUGCCAUUGGCCUUUCCUGUGAGCUGGUCGUGGAGCACAUCCAGAGUUUCAUACACUCGGAUAUCGGUUAUGAAAAUAUGAUCAAUACUAUGUUAAAAGAUCUUUUCAAAUUGCUGGUGGCCUGUGUAGCAGAACCAACAGAAAUAAUAUCCAGAGUUGGCUGCUCUUGUAUCAGGUAUGUGUUAGUGACAGCAGGACCUGUUUUUACAGAAGAGAUGUGGAGGCUUGCAUGUUGUGCCUUGCAGGAUGCGUUCUCUGCUACUCUAGAGCCAGUAAAGAACCUGCUGGGCUAUUUCCACAGUGGUGCUGAAAGCUUCAGUGGAGAUGCCUGUGAAGUGAAGGUGGCAGCCCCCUGCCUCUCGCCAAGCGCCGAAGCGGAGUACUGGAGGAUCAGAGCCAUGGCCCAACAGGUGUUCAUGUUGGAAACCCAGUGCUCCCCAAAGACUCCUAGCAACAAGGAAGGGUUUGAACAUGCCCAAUCUUGUGUGCUCAUCAUUGACCUGCCGCCAGAUAAGAAACCAAAUGGACAUACUCAGAGAAGGAAGCUGGGUAUUCCUUUCAGGACAAUAGUAGUGAGCUUGCUGUCCCAUCAAGUACUGCUCCAGAAUUUAUAUGACAUCUUACUGGAAGAAUUUGUGAAAGGCCCCAUGCACUUGGAGGAGAAAAUGACAAUACAAGUACCAGAAAACAAGUUGGCAGGUUUUCUCAGGUACAUCUCCAUGCAAAACUUGGCUGUCAUCUUUGACUUACUGCUGGACUCGUAUCGAACAGCCAGAGAGUUUGACACCAGACCUGGGCUGAAGUGUUUGCUGAAAAAAGUAUCAGGCAUUAGUGGAGCUGCAAACUUGUAUCGCCAGUCAGCAAUGAGCUUCAACAUCUACUUCCAUGCUUUGGUUUGUGCAAUCCUGACAAACCAGGAGAACAUCACUGCAGAACAAGUGAAGAAGAUCCUGUUUGAAGAUGAUGAGAGAAGCACAGACUCCUCACAGCAAUGUUCUUCAGAAGAUGAAGACAUUUUUGAAGAAACUGCCCAAGUUAGUCCUCCCCGAGGGAAGGAGAAGAGACAGUGGAGAGCUCGAAUACCAUCUCUGAGUGUACAACCUGUCAGCAAUGCAGACUGGGGCUGGCUAAUCAAGCGGCUUCAUAAGCUCUGCAUGGAACUGUGCAACAACUACAUCCAGAUGCAUCUAGAUCUUGAGAAUAACGUAGAGGAGCCUCCCAUGUUCAAAGGUGAUCCUUUCUUCAUUUUACCAUCCUUCCACUCAGAAGCCUCCACGCCAUCAACAGGAGGGCAGUCUGGGAAGGACACGCCCUCCGAAGAUGACAGGAGUCAAAUCAGGGACCAACUGGGAGACACCCUGGCACCCAGAGCAGGGAGUGGAGAAAUGCUGCUGCUACCCCCACCCCUAAGCAGUCCUAAACCAGAGAAGAAAGAACAAACCAGGAAAAAAGAAUGGUGGGAAAGUGCCGGCAACAAGAUUUACACCAUUGCGACUGACAAAACCAUCUCCAAGCUCAUGACAGAAUACAAGAAAAGAAAGCAGCAACAGGCCAUGACAUCCUUCCCCAAAGAGGUGAAAGUGGAAAAGAAAGGGGAGCUCCUGGGCUCAAGAGGACAAGAGUCGCCCAUACUCCAGCGACCACAAUAUCUUCUAGACCAGGGUCAAAUGAGGCAUUCCUUCAGUGCCGGCCCAGAGGUCCUGCGACAAGAGAAGCGACCACGCUCAGGAUCCACUGUCAGCUCCCUGAAUAUAUCUACUCGAGAUGCCGAGGCCCAGAUACAGGCAUGGACCAACAUGGUGCUGACAGUUCUCAACCAGAUUCAGGCCCUGCCAGACCAGACGUUCACAGCUCUGCAGCCAGCAGUGUUCCCCUGUAUCAGUCAGCUCACCUGCCACGUGACAGAUAUCCGCGUGCGCCAGGCCGUGCGGGAAUGGCUGGGAAGAGUGGGCCGGGUUUACGAUAUCAUCAUUUAAAUUAGCUGUGCUCUGCUCCAAAGGGAAGAAGACAUCAAAGGUAUACAGCAAGGAAGUAUUUGGGGUUCAUUAAUUGCCUAGUUGUUGGUGAUAAAUUAUGAAACAGUGAGCUUGUCAGUGUAUAUCCUCUUUCCACAUGAGACUGUGUCUGUCACUCGCGCUAGCACAGAAGGCAAAGCAGGAGUGUGUUCAGGGGUUUUGGGAUAGCUGCAGAACCCAGAAACUCC